AUGCUAGGCAUCCUAGAUCUCCUUAAUUCUGAGGACGCCAGCGAGGCCACCAUGAGCCAGCCUCCUCCUCCCGACCAGCUGAUGCCGGGGUCCGAGGAACUGAGCAAGCUGGGCUCCAAGCUGCCGCUGACGCUGGACUCCAUCUCCUCUGGAUCGUCCAAACUGUACCGGGUGCUGAAACUGCUACCCCGGCUGAAAGUGCAUCCGCUGCUUUUGAAAGCACGCAAGCUCGUGGACAUUGCCCUAAGACACAAGUCGGGCUCCAAGCGGCAGGGCAACUUCACCCCAGAGCUGGGCUCUUCCAAACUCCAUCUCAAGCUGUUGGAGGCGGGCCUCCGUGUACGGCUUCUAUUGUGCCCUUCUGUGUACGAGUUGUUUCGCCAGCUUACGCCGCAUACUGCUGGAAGGAACACUGUGGUUCACGUUGCGUUUGACAACGAGAAGCAGCUUCUCACGGGGAAGGACAUUUCCCUGGAGCUCAAAGACGAUCGUUUAGGGCGUGGUCGGAAGGCCGCAAAACAUUCCAAUGGAUCUAAUGGAUCUAAUGGAUCUCCCAACGGCCACAAUGGCAAUGGCAAUGGCAGCUUUCACUACGACUGGCCAGACACAAGGCUGAACCUGACGUCGUCCAACGGCCUGGCCUUCUCGUUGGAAAACGGCACCGCCAGAAACGACUCCAGCGUGCCGCCAGACGACAUGGAUUCCAAGAAUUCCGACUCCGGCGACAACCAAAGCGACUCCUCCUCCAACGGCUACGCGGGCUACGCCGACUACUCCAACCCGUCCGACUACUCUCAUUUGCUUGGGAAGCACCUGCUUGGGCCUCGCAAGGCCAUUCUGAAGCGGGUGCGUCUCAUCGACAACAACUUGGUCAAUUUGGCGGGCGUGUCGUCAAAGGUGCUCAAAUCGUUCCAGGUUGACAAGGAGCACCGUGGGCCUACGACGCCUGUUUCCGAGGGCAUCGAAAGCGACGAUUCCAGACCAGGCAUGGUGACGACGUUCAACAACCUCGAUACCGCUGUGAUGUCGCUUUUCGGCACCAAAACCUACUCGCUUGUCAGAGUGACUCGUUCGUCUUCCAAUACCAGCGACGGCUCUGUUUUGCUCAAGCUCGAAUGCGCCAAACCCGGCGAUACCAGGCUUGUGGACGACAGAGAGUUCAUGGAAGACAUGGUUGCUUCGCUUGGACGCGAGGGCCAGACGCCAAACAACCUUUUCAUCAAAAAAGUGGUGGCCAGGCCGCGUUACAAGAGCGACAUGAAAAUCUACAUUGUGCCCACGGACAAAAAAACGUCCUUGUACGUGGACCGUAGGGUGUUUGAGCGUGAUCUCAUCAACGGCGUUAUAGAGAUGGAUUGCCCCACCGACCGGUACAUCUACACCACUUUCCCUGUCGACGACAUCAUCCAAGACGUGCGCAACAUGCUCAACCGAAGCAACGAGCUUUCGGAGCCUGAAAGCUCAGAGCAGGUCGCCAACCACAUGACCAGCACGUCGCUCAGCACCAACAACCUCCAGAAAUGGAACAUCCCCAUGAACGACAUGGAGCUGCUGGUGCUGCUGCCUAGUUCGCUGUCGCUUCCUCUGUUGAUGUCCAAUACUAACCUGUCGGGCUCCAGCGGCUCGGUUAGUCUGGGAAGCGACCCCAGCUCGGAUUCGACCCCGAACGCUGCAGACCGUGCCAAACUUACGUUGCUGAGUAUCCCCAAUGCCAAGAUGGAGCUGAUAGAAGAGCCGGAGGAUCUCAAGUUUGACACGUCGUAUGUGGCGUAG